AUGCCCACAACCGAUACUCUCCAACAGCAUCACUACCUGACUCCAGAACUGGUCGCCAUGGAGAACGGGGUGGACCCAACACGACUCUCGCUCUCGACCAUCUCUGCCAAAAGCCGUGAUGAAACUGACCGCAGCCGUCGACUUGAUACUCCACUCCUCGAUCUUCAGGAACAAGGCUACGCAGCAGCAGCGAGUAAUGAAGGCUCAUCUUCUCCGUCGCCGUCUGGGGAGGUGGAGAGUCGGCACGCAGAAUUAUCAAUUGUUACAAAUGGACUAGGAUCUAGAGAUGAAAGGGCGGGAGGAGUCGUAGUGGAGGGAGAAGGGCCGGUGUUGGUGAUGUCAGGGCCAGGGCCGAUGUCUGCGGGAGAUGGCGACGAGCUGGAUUGUCGGUACUGGCAGCUUGCUGAGUCAGUCGAGGACUUUACAUCGGAUUUCGCAGACAAAGAGGAAAUACAGGAAGCAGAGCGACUCGACAAGGACACUACAGACUCUCCCCAUCGGAGGGUGCGCUUCAUGGAAGAGAUCCAGGUCAUCCCCUCCAGCAGGACAGGAAGCGACGACGAUGAUGAUUUGACACUCAUUGACGAUUCUGAGGAUGACUCUUCUGAUGAAUCCGGUGACGACGAUAACAAUAACAACAGUGUCAAGGAGUCUCUCGAUGUACUACCCACCACCAACCUUACCGCCAAGUCGACGUUAUCCGAGUGGAAUGCUAUCCAGAUGGUCGAAUCUUUCUUGGAGGGAGUGCCCAUCGGCACCGAGAAGGAACACAGAGACGGCGGUGAUACCUCGGCUCCUGCUACUGUCACUGCUCUUACUCCCACGCCUUAUCCGCGGACAUUAGCACUCCCUCAUUCUCCGAACCCGCCAGCUGGCACUGUGGAGGAUGAUGAGAGUGGUUGUGGCUAUGACCACGCUGUGGUUCCUUGUCUAUCAACGGUACUACUGCGACUCGCUCCUGUGACUGCCUUUCCGCCCACUACUACAACCUCACCUAUCGAGUCACCACCCGCCCCCGCCACACUCAAAGUACCACCAACCAUCACAACCACCACAACCACAACCCACACCAAGACCACAGACGAAAACAACAACAACACAUGCAUCUCCCCACGGACCCUCGAAUUAACCUCAAUCCGCUCCCAGCUGCACUACUGGACCGAAACCGCGACCCACCUCCGAGACCAAGAACAAGAACUCACUCUCCAUAUCGACCAACUCGUCCAGGUCAUGGCGGAUGUGAUCGAGAAGUGUCAAGAGACUGAGGUUGAGCUUUUGGAUCAGAAGCGAGUUGUCUUUGAGCUUCGACUGGAACUUGCCAAGGAGAGAGAGAUUGGGUUUGCGUCGAUUCGGGAAGCAGCGUUGUCGAAUAGGGAGAAACAGUUGUUGGAGCUUGCGUUGGAGGAGUCGCGUCAGGAGGUUGAGAAUCUGAGACGGACUUGCGCCCAGCAAGAGUGUGAGGUCAAAGAGGGGCGACGUCCCCUAUCCUCACUACCGGUUCAGGCGCAGGCUCAGAUUCGCGUGCAAGUGUCAGUGCAGGAGCAGGAGCAGUCACAGCAAGGACAACAGGAGGAUCCACAGGAGAAUUGGAUGGAUGCAGUGGAUGGAGAAUUCGUGAAAGAACAAAGAGUAGAUUGUCAGGAGAACCAGGACCAAGAUCAACAUGAGAUUGAGCGGCCUCUCCUUCCUAUCGAUAGCAACGGCAACUGCAACAACGCAGCACCAACGCACAAACCAAUCACACUUGUCACCCUUUCACCAGCUAAGGUUCAACAAGAGGACCUCUACUCCUUCCAGUCCCUCAUCAAAUCACUUUUCCUUAUCCUCGCUGCAACAUUCAUUCUCUUCAGUAUCGCGAUCCUCAUCUCUGGACAUCAACACCAUCUUCGCCAAUCCUUCGUCCUCUUCUUCAACACUCUCACCUCCGUCUCGUCAGGAAACACAACCAUCCUUCUGGAGUACCUGCACCGCUACUCCUCCAUAACGACCCAAGGUUUGAAGAACGUGAUCGAAUGGGGAGAGACGUUACCGGAUUCCGUGGCAAGGGCGAAGGUGUUGUUCAAGGAUUUGUCGUUCUUAAUGGGAGGUGUGGUUGGACCUUUGGUGUGGGGCGGUCAGCAAGAUCUGCAAGAUCUGCGAUUGGUCAGGACAUGGUCGUAG